AUGGAAUUCCUGACAGCCUCCCAACCCCCUCCAGGACCUCCAGCCAUGGACUUGGAAGAGCCCAGGGACACACUUUUGCCCUCUCAGGACCUCACCUGUGAUUGCCAGUGGGACCCCACACCAGGAGGCUCUGGCAGCCUGAGUCAGAUGGAACUUGAUGGGCUAAAUAUUCAGGAUCUGGUGCAACAGUUUGAAGCUCUGCCAGGUGACCUGGUGGGCCUGUCCCCAGAUGGAUCCCCGUGCCCCCUGCACAUUGCCACCGGCCAUGGCCUGGCCCCGCAGGACAUGGUUGAUGCCCAUGGGCUCUUGUCUGCUGAGGCUGAUCGGGAAGACUUGCUGAGUCUCUUGCAACAAGAUGAGGGCCCUCCUUCCGUGCCGGGUCCCCAGGAACUUCCUCCGGACCCUGCUCCUCGCCUGUUGCAGCCCCCUGGGGACCCGGAAGAGGACACGGGCCCCCAGGAGUGGACGGAGGGAGCCUCUGCUGAGCGGGAUGAGGACAGGAGCUCCAACAGCUCCCCGGAACCCUGGCUGGAGACCUCACCUCUGGUCACUCCUGAGGAGCCACCUACCAGUGUCCAGAGACCCAAGACCCUGGCUUCCUACCCUGCCCUCCAGGAGGUAUCCGGCCCCUGCGACCAUGAAGACCUCCUAGACGGUGUCAUAUUUGGGGCCAAGUACCUGGGCUCCACCCAGCUGGUGUCUGAGCGGAACCCACCCCCCAGCACGCGCAUGGCGCAGGCCCAGGAGGCUAUGGACCGUGUCAAGGCCCCCGAUGGGGAGACUCAGCCCAUGACGGAGGUGGACCUGUUUGUCUCCACCAAGAGGAUCAAAGUCCUGCUGACCGACUCCCAGGAGGCCAUGAUGGACCACGCCCUGCAGACCAUCUCGUACAUCGCUGACAUCGGCAGCACGCUGGUUCUCAUGGCCCGGCGGCGCCUGGCCCACAGGCCGGCAGCCCAGCCUCACAGCCGCCGCCUCUACAAGAUGAUCUGCCAUGUUUUCCACUCAGAGGACGCCCAGCUCAUCGCUCAGGCCAUCGGCCAAGCCUUUGCCGUGGCCUACAGUCAGUUCCUGCGGGAAAGUGGGAUCGACCCCAGCCAGGUGGGCACCCAGCAGAGCCAGGGGGCCAUGGGCCCCGGCCACCUCCACAACGGGGACCUCGACCACUUCUCCAACAGCGAAAACUGCAGGGAGGUGUUCAUCGAGAAACGCCGGGGCGAGGGUCUAGGUGUGGCCCUGGUGGAGUCGGGCUGGGGCUCCUUGCUGCCCACUGCUGUCAUUGCCAACCUGCUGCACGGGGGCCCCGCUGAGCGCUCAGGUGCCCUCAGCAUCGGCGACCGCAUCACCGCCAUCAACGGGACCAGCCUGGUGGGGCUGCCCCUGGCCGCCUGUCAGGCUGCUGUCCGGGAAGUGAAGUCGCAGACGCUGGUGACCCUCAGCAUCGUCCACUGCCCUCCGGUCACCACGGCCAUCAUCCGCCGGCCGCAUGUCCGUGAGCAGCUGGGCUUUUGCGUGGAGGAUGGCAUCAUCUGCAGCCUCCUUCGGGGUGGCAUCGCUGAACGUGGGGGUGUCCGCGUAGGACACCGCAUCAUUGAGAUCAAUGGGCACAGUGUGGUGGCCACACCCCACGCUCGCAUCAUCGAGCUGCUCACUGAGGCCCACAUUGAGGUCCACAUCAAGACGAUGCCCGCCGCCACCUACCGCCUGCUCACAGGCCAGGAGCAGCCGGUGUACCUGUGA